AUGCUGAGUGAAAAUGAGCUCGAGCGGCAUCUUCUUAGCCGAAGCUAUGAGGAUCCCGAGGAGAUUGAGGAUCUUCUAGAUAACCGGUAUUCCCACCAUGGGUCUCAGAAACCCGUGCUCGUGUUUGGAGGGCUCCAGACUCGAGGGGCUACUGAAGCCGUCUCCAUCCACAAAAUUGGCGACAAACAAGCCAAAAAACGUCGGGUCAAUGCCCGAACGCUGGUGAAACUGUACAUUACUCGAACCUUGGCUGCCCAGCUGCGAUUGUGUCGCCUGCUUCAGCGAGACCAGCCCGUGGACGUGGCGACAUUGAGGAAGUACAAGAUCCCCACUUUUGAGGAGUUUCUACCGAUGAAUAACUUAUGGCAAGGAUACGCUAGUGAUUUAAUCAAGGAGAAUGGCAAAUAUAACGAAAGCAUGGCGCUUCAACGACUUCUGCUGGCCGAUUUCCAUGGGUGUUUGCUUUCCGUCACCAAAGCGGCUAACCCCGAACUCGUGGGGGUCCGAGGGAUUGUUGUAUGGGAUUCCCAACAUCUGUUUGUGAUGGUGGUGCCUCGAGGAGCUGAUGCUAAACCAUGGAGUCUGGAAAGUGACCUGUUUAGCCGCCUGGAGCGGGUAGGCGGGUUGCGAAUGAUCCCCAAGAAGGGGACGAUAUUUGAGUUGGACGUGUUGAAUAAGGACGUCGAGGUGUACUCGUUUGUCAUUUACGGGUCACGCUUUGAAGUACGCCUGGUGGAACGCCUGGGACGUAAGUUUAAACCCCAUUCUGUCGACGACUUGUAA